CUGGACAAUGAUCACGAAGCCAGAUGGGAUUAGUGAAACCUAUUUACCAGAAGUUCAGAGCAGUUGUAUGAAGCUCAUAGGCAGCCUGGAGACAGAGGUGAAAAAAUGCACCAGAUUUACAGCUGCAGUGAUGAAAAUUUAGAAGUGUUUACUGUGAUUUCAUCCAAAUCAUGUAGCCCCAUCAGGAGAAAAGCCAAAAGUCCACAGUGCAUCCUAUCAAAAACGGUGGUAGCAGUGCCUGACUAUCAUUCUCAGGGGACGGAUGAAUUGCUGUCACAUCAAGGUGAUGUCAUUCAAGUUGUUUACAAAAAUAAAGAGGGGCCAGAUUUCAGCCAUCUACAGAACAGACAGAAAGGAUUCUUUCCUAAACCUCUCAAAUGCCCUGAAACACACACAGAAAUAUCUAAGCAACAGACCUUCAGCUGUGGCAUUAACCAGUCAUAUGUAAAGUCUUUGCAAACUCAAGCAUCUCCUAGAUCCCAUCACAAUGCAAAGUGGAUUACAACCUCCGACCCGGCAAUAAGGGAUAGUGUUGGAGAACAUUCUAGGUAUGCAAAGCUCUCGUGUAAAAAUACUGAAGAUGACACAGCCCUCACUCAUAAGACUGAAGCGUCAUUACCUUUGACGGGGGGUGCUUUGCAUGGCACACCCAGCCUCCUGAGAAAAAUAUGGAUGAAGCAUAAAAAGAAGGCCGAAUAUCUGGGGGCCACCAAUGGUGCCUUUGAGGCAGACUGAGAAGUCUUAGCCUUGCUGCUUUCACAGGAUUGAGGUUCCUAUGAGAGAACUUAUCCAUUAAUGAAUGAAGUGCUGCUCAUACGUGUCCACACAAAUAUUUUUUGUCCAAUUGGCAGAAGCAAACAGACUAAAAACAAGGUGCCCAGGAGAGCAGGAAUCAAUACAAACAGCCUGAUGAAUAUAUUUUCUCAUUUUUGAUGUCCAUGAAUUUGUUAACAGAUUUGGCUAAGAUCAUGAAUCAACACAUUGUUUUUUUUCUGUCCUGCUUAGUUUGGAUUCAUCAGGUAGCUGGGUUCAGAAAACUAACUUUCUUCUUAAUAGACCCCACAUCCACUACUGUGUGCCAGUAAAGUACAGCCCUGUCGGUUGUUGCCAUUCCUGACAAAAGGUUGUGGUUUUCAGCCUUUCUGUGUCCAGGGUAGCUUUUUUGCAUUUCCUUGUUUGCAAAGAAAACCCAUGUAUGUUGCAACAGCUUUUCUAGAGAAACAUUCUGUUCACAUGGUGUUCGGGCCAGGUCUACUGGACUUCUCCAUUGUCCUGUGUAAAGAGGUUGCAAUGCCAAAAUAUACCCAAUAUCUAGAAUACAGUUUGAAAAGCUCUGCUCUAAGCCAAGCCCAACUAUCUUCUCUCUCUCUCUCUCUCUCUCUCUCAUUCUCAAGUACAAGACU